UACAACUGUAGAAACUACACUACCCAGAAAGCUCUGCGCGGAGUGGCGGCAGCUUUGAGCCAAUGAAAGCCCAGAAGAGAGGCAUGUCCUCUCGCGCGUUAGGGCGGAACAUCCGGCGUCUUCUUCAUCGCGGUCAUUUUGGUUGUUCUCAGAUGUGUUUACCGGAGUAGAGGCUACGGGUAUGUCGGGUGCGGACCGGGCAAGCGUGAGAGGAGGCGUUGUCAUCAAUGCACAGAGACGUUUGUGAGGCUCGACUGUGGCGUCGCCCAGUGACCGCGCCAGGACCGGGCUGGGGGCUGCCUUCACCAGGUCCCACCCCUUUCGCCCGCCGCUCCGCCCACAGACUUCGAUGGCGGCCGCCGCGCCGAAAGACCUGGCUCAGGUUCCUGUGACUGGAAAAGCGCUUAUGGAACCUACACAGGGCAGUGUGAACUUUGAGGACGUGGCUGUGUACUUCUCCCAGGAGGAGUGGGGGCUGCUUGAUGAGGCUCAGAAGCUCCUGUUCUGCGAUGUGAUGCUGGAGAACUUUGCAAUCAUAGCCUCCCUCGGUUCUUGGCAUGGAACAGAGGAUGAGGAGACAUCUUCUAAGCAGAAUGUUUCUGUAGAAAUACAGGUCAGGACAUCAAACGCAGGUUCAUCCACUCAGAACACUCACCCCUGGGAGAUGGGGGUCCCAUUCUUGGAAGAUAUUUUGCAUAUGACUAAGCAAGCAACACACCCAGGGCAGAAUUCAUGCUUGGGUGGGGCUUGUGUGAGAUGCUUCUGGAUGAGAGCAAGUCUUCACCAGCACCAGAAUUGUCACAGUGGAGUGAACCCCUUCAAAAAAGAUAUGGACGGGGCCUCAUUUAGGAAAAGGUGCAGAUUCCAUGUGUCAGGGAUGCCUCUUUCCUGUGAGGAAAUUGGGAAAGACUUGCCGGCAACUUUGAGCCUUCUGCAGUACCAGUCCACUCUUAAGAGUGAAAACCCACCCAGCAACCUUGAGUGUGGGGAGGCCUUUCACAGUGGAAAAACACUUUGCAAGUGGAAUAAAUGCGGGAAAUCUCCCAGCCACAAACACACACUUGUUCACCACGAGAGCGUCUGCACUGGAGAGGGGCUUUAUGAGGAUAGCAAGUGUGAGAAAGACUUCAGCUGCAGGUAUAGACUUGUUCAGCACCAGGGAGUUCACACUGGCCAAAGGCCGUAUGAGUGUAGUGAAUGUGGAAAAUCCUUUAGAUACAAAUGUUUACUCAUUUACCAUCAGAGAGUUCAUACUGGAGAAAGACCUUAUAAGUGUGAGGAAUGUGGGAAAUCCUUUAGAGAUUCCUCAACCCUAAUUCAACAUCAGAAAAUUCACACUGGAGAAAGGCCUUAUGAGUGCAGCGAAUGUGGGAAAUGCUUUAACCGUAGAUCCGACCUUAAUAAACACCAGAGAAGUCACACUGGAGAAAGGCCUUAUGAGUGCAGCGAAUGUGGGAAAUUCUUUGGCCGUCACUCCCUCCUUCAUAAGCAUAAGAGAAUUCACUCUACGGCUACACCAUAUGAGUGCAGCAAAUGUGGAAAGUUCUUUAGCUAUUGCUCCUACCUGAAUAAUCACAGGAGGAUUCACGCAGGAACAGAGCUAUAUGAGUGUUGUGAAUGUGGAAAAUCCUUUAGCCAAGGGUCCAGCCUCAUUCAACAUCAGAAAAUUCACAUUAGAGCUAUGGCAUAUGAGUGUGGUGAAUGUGGGAAAUCUUUUAGCCGCAAAUCUUUACUCAUUUACCACCAGAGAGUUCACACUGGAGAAAGACCUUAUCAGUGUGUGGAAUGUGAAAAAUCAUUUCGCCAUCGUUCAGCCUUCAUUCGACAUUGGAAAAUUCACACUGGUGAAAGGCCUUAUGAGUGCAUCGAGUGUGGGAAAUUGUUUAGCCGUAGCUCCCACCUUAAUAAACACAAGAGAAUUCACACUGGAGAAAAGGCUUUGAGUGUAGCGAAAGUGGGGAAUCCUUUUUCUACAAAUACAGCCUCAUUUGACUCCAGAGUUCACAUAGGAACAAAGGCUUACGAAUGUGGAGAAUGGGAAAUCCUCUAGGCAAAGGUGAAACUUCAUUCAACACCAGAGAAUUCACAUAGAAGCCAGGCCUGAUGAGUGUGACAAAUUGAAAAAUCUUACAGCUUUGAUCAAAAUGUUCAGUAACGGUAUUUGCACACUAUCAGUUCUUUUGGUCUAAUGACAAGAUAGUUGUUCGUGGAGGCAAUUAGCCACAUUCCAUUUCCUCCUAUUCCUGACUUUCCUUCUGUUGCUCCAGACAGAUAGAGACCAGUUGUGCCUUGAAUGGGUGCUUGCAAACCUUUAAGACCCUAGACAAUAUGCAGCAAACUAGGAGGUAGAACAGAAGCACUAAACAUGUUAUGCCAAUUAAUUGGGAUGUCUUAGGAAACCAUGACCCU